AUGUCACUCAUUAAUGGUCAAUUGAGGUCAAGAGCUGGGUACGUUCCGGAUGAGGUGCUGUCACUGAUCUUUCUUGAGUGUCUAGAAGUCGACUAUCUUGACUGUGCCACCCCAAGUCCUCUUCAUGCACCGCUAGUGCUCAGCUGGAUAUGUCGGCAUUGGCGGAAUGUUGCUUUGAACACUCGUCAACUCUGGAGAGGCGUCUGCUUCACGCGUCAGCCGGACCGGAUCAAUGACAACACAUCCCUCCUGAAGUUAUGGAUAGAACGAUCCGGCGCACUACCGUUCGGCGUGAGGUUGGCGAACCUCAUAGGGGAUGGCGAACGUCUGUUCAGCUUUGAGCACAGAAUGGAGAUGGACCCAGCCGUGAUCAAAGGCAUCGAGGACUUCAUCGGCGUUCUUAUGACCUGCUCGAACCGUUGGCGAGUCGUCGAACUCACAGUACCAGAAGUCAGCCAUGCGACACCAGUGCUGAAUGCACUUGUCAAGGGCGUGAAUGCGCUGGAACACCUUUGCAUUUCGUCUCAAUAUCUCGGAAUCCACGAGCACCCAGUUAUCUACGACUUCUCGUCGAAUAACUCGCUGGAAACUGUUCGCCUCAUCACCCCACUCAUCGCCCCGCUACCCACUGGAAACCGAGACACCUUCAAAUCGCUCUCGAUGCUCGAACUCCACUUCUGCGCGUCAAUUCACGACUGUAUCACGUGGAUCGAUAUGGCUCCAAACCUUGAACAUCUUACCCUCCGUGUCUACGGUACAGGCGAGGGUGCUCGUCCGCUCCAAGAUCAACGCAUUCGCCGUCUACCUUACCUCGACUCUCUAGAGAUCACCUACUUUGCAGCUAACUCGCAAUUCGAGCAACCGGGUGUAUUGCUCGAUGUCCUCGAUGUCCCUAAGCUCACAAAACUGGAGUUGAACAUGAACCAUCUGUUCGAUUGGUCGCCGUUCCCUAACCUACGGAACCUCCUUGUACGAUCUGGAGCGAGCCUCGAAAGUAUGAUUUUCUCGGGAACACAUAUGCUUGAAGCGGAGAUCAUUGAGUUGCUUAGAUUAUCCCCCGAUCUCGAGUGCUUUGUCGAUGAAUCGGUUACGGAUGGUGUUUUGGCAGCACUGACGCCAAGCUUGCUUCCUGAAGUUGCGGACCUAGCCGAAGCAAGGCCCAUGCCAACUAUCGAGGAAGUAAGGGAGAGCAAAAUGCAAACCUCAGACGCUCCUAUGGAACUUGACGCUGUCCCCAGCUCAUCAAUUGCACCUAUUAGUCAACCUUCAUCGACCACCAAUAUCAAUUCCAAUCCCAACACCGAUUCUGACUCUGAUUCCAAAUCCAAAUUUGAAGAUGAUCCAAGUAACUAUACUGUCCUCUGCCCCAACCUCCAGUACUUUGAAAGCGAAGACAUCGACAUGUGUUCGCUCCAGCCCCUAUACGCCUUUAUGAGUACACGGUGUGAGGAAUUAUACAAGGACAUUCAGGAUUACGUCGACGCUACUGCCGUUCGGCCAGUACCGGAUGAGUUCAAGACGUUGAUUUCUGUUGUUCUUCCUUGCGACCCAAUGUAUGGUGUGCUUAGUCAUCCGAAGAUACUUGAGAGUAUGGAGAGGAAUAUUUACUUCUGA